GGUGGUUCAGCUUUUUCUCCAGCAUCCAUUAUUUCUAAGAGGAGAGCACAGACCCAAGCAGCAGUCCUGGCUGAGGAUGUGGGAUGCCCUUCAUCCACCAAUGAGGAAAUUGUAGACUGCCUCCGCCAGUUGCCUGCUCGUGUCCUCAAUGAUGCACAGACUAAGCUCCUAGCUAUAAGCGGCCCAUUCCAGUACUGGGGUCCAGUGAUGGAUGGAAUUUACCUUCGGGAACCUUUAGCUACAGCCCUGCAGCGCCCUCAACUUCAGAAAGUAGAUCUGCUCAUUGGAAGUGCUCAGCAAGAUGGGCUGAUCAGCAGAGCUAAGGCAAUCAAGAAAUUUGAAGAAAGUCAAGGAAGAACCAACAGCAAAACAGCCUUUUAUCAGGCCCUGCAAAAUUCUCUAGGAGGAGAAGACUCCAACUCGUUAAUUGAAGAGGCAGCUACAUGGUAUUACUCCCUCGAACACUCAACCGAUGAUUAUUCAUCCUUUUCCAGGGCUUUGGAAAAUGCCACACGUGACCAGUUUAUCACGUGUCCCAUCAUAAAUAUGGCCGGUCACUGGGCUGCUGCCUCCAGAGGAAAUGUCUUCAUGUACCAUGUACCUGAGAGCUCCUCGCAGAGCAGUCAGGAGCUCUUGCUGGAUGUUCAGUAUGCAUUUGGGCUGCCAUUUGACCCAAAGUAUGAAGAACAUUUUACUCUGGAAGAAAAGAGCCUUUCCUUGCAAAUUAUGAAGUAUAUCUCCAAUUUUGUAAACUCUGGAAAUCCAAACUACCAUCACAGUUUCUCAAGAAGAAUGUCAGGAGUGAUACCCCCCUGGCCUAUGUAUCUGCCAAAUGAUGAUGGUGAUAACUACAAGGAGUUCACUGUUUCCUUGCCGACUCUUAAAGGAUUGAAAAAAGCAGACUGUUCAUUUUGGUCUGAUUAUAUCAGAAGACUGAAGGCAUCCACAG